CCGUCAACGUACUUCCAUCCACGUUGGCUUGUUAAUCUUGUUAAAAUACCGUCAUUAUUAAUUGUCUCAUCAAAGCGGGAUAGUUAUCUAUGCACUAGAGUGUUCAGACUUCCGGUAGGAAAUUUGUUAAGAAAACAAUUUUCGCAAUGGCGGGCGCGCGAAAGCGCCGUGCGUCCCGGCAAGAAGAAGAGGAUGAAGUGGCCGCCGAACUUCUGACGCAAGCCUCAACACGACGCCGGCAGCGGCGUGCAUCAGAUUCAUCGGCUGGCGAAUCCGCCGGAGAAUUCGAGGAAGUGUCAAUGACCCAGGGGGAUGGCGGAGGAAGCUUGGAACAAAUGACCAAAAAUUUGGUACGGCUGGCUUUGGCAUCAGAAUACUCGCGGCAGCCCAUACGUCGCUCCGAUAUCAGUGCUAAAGUGCUUGGAUCCCAUGGUAGACAAUUUAGAAAUGUCUUCACAGAAGCGCAAGGCGAGCUUCGUGAUAAAUUUGGGAUGGAGAUGGUCGAACUCCCGCUCAAAGAGAAAGUGACGGUAGCUCAGCGUCGAGCUGCCCAAAGGAGCGAAAAGACUGCAACAACAAGUAAUUCCUGGAUCCUGCGGUCAAUCCUUCCGCCUGCUUAUCGAUCCAAUACCACCAUUUUACCGCCCCCCAAAGUCCCGACAGACUAUGAUGAGAGCACAUACAUUGCCCUUUACACCUUCAUUAUUUCACUGAUUUCUCUAAGUGGUGGGGCAAUAGCCGAAGCAAAGCUUGAUAGGUACCUCAGACGCACAAAUACCGAUCAGUAUACGCCCCUCGACAAAACCGAGAAACUGUUGGCGCAAAUGUGUAAGGAUGGAUACCUGGUCAAAGUAAAAGAUACGUCGACAGGCGAAGAGUCCAUCGAAUACCUAGUCGGGCCUCGUGGAAAACUUGAAGUUGGUGAAGCUGGUGUCACCGGUUUGAUCAAAACCGUCUACGGUGACAGUGUCGAACCAGAUGACAUGGACAAAAGAAUCAAAAGAAGUCUCGGUAUCCAAGAAAAUGCAGCCACGAGUGCUGAGAAUGGCGGUGCCACCGAAAUUGCACCGAACCGUGGACCCGGGAGACCAAGGCGCGCGGCAGAUGAAGAAGACGAUGAUGGAUCAUAUGGACGUUGAAAGAAGUAGGGAUGGAACAAGUGCAAGCUCUCACUCGUGGACGGCUU